CUCGGUCCGCAUCGGCCAGUUCGUUCAGUUCGACGAGAACCGGCGAACGGAACGGAACCAAACCUGAAAAGUGCCUGAGCGAAAUCGAAGAAAACCGAAGCGAAGCGCCAGAAACUGUCGUCGCGUCGUCGCUGGUUUGGCCCGGAAAAACACUGCACAACCUUUGUACGGCUGAAAAUUGCGCGCGCGUCCGAGUGUCAAACGCUGAUCGUUCCGCUGAUUAUCUAUAGAUCUUCGCCGAUCCACCCGUACCAUAGCCAUAUAGUACGUUUCACCACAAAAAGUAAUUCCCACAAUCAGAUUUCCGCCAAAAAAAAAACCUAAAUCCAACAAUCAAAUUUGCCAAUAAAAGGGCGACGGCGAAAUUCGUUAUCAACGAAGCUGUGUGUGUUUCAGCUGUGAUUUCUGCGUUGUUUGUUGCUGAUUUUCCCCAAUUUUCCCGAUUUGAGAGGAGAGCGCCACAAAGUUCCACAAAGAAGAGAGAAAUCGAGGCAUUUCCAUUGUGCGCGGCGACAAAAGCAAAUUGGCGCGCAAUUUCAUUUUACUGUACUAUACACUCCCCGCGAUUCACAAUUCUCAAUCUCAAUCUUAAUUCCGAAUGCAAAUUGCACUCGUCGCACACAAAUUGAACCUUUGACAAGCGGCAGGGGCCCAGAAAGAGGCAGCAGCAGAGACAACGUGUCGUAUGCGUAAUCUGUGGAGCCGCCUGCAGGGAGGCUGAGGAGGUACUCUAUGAGAAGGGGAGGAGGUUAAAAAGUGAGUGAAAAAAGGUACGAAAUAUUCCGCGUGGAAAUCGAAAUUGAAAUGAAAGGCGCGCGCCGUCUCCAAUAAAUUAUGCGUUUGCUUAAGAGAAUUCUUCUCAUGGUGAAGCUCUGAGCGGAGUGGAGUGCCCAGUGCGUGUCCGUGUCCGUUUCCAUGUCCCCCUCUCAUGCCACACUCUCUUGUGCCAAAGAGAAGAGGCACUGAAACAGAAGCCAAUUGAAAAUGCGAUUCAUAUCGACACCAACAAAAGCAACAACUAAAACUACAACUACGAGUACACCAGCAAUUACAACAAUCUCAGCAGCAGCAGCAGAAGCAACAAUUGCGCUGGGCUACAACACCUGCCCUGCCUCCCCCCGCCACCCAACAACCCACAGCCGCACUUCAAACCCCAACACUCACCGCAACCCAGAAGUGAUCCACAGGCGAGAGGCGAAGGCAGCAACAACAUGUCAAGCAUAAUUAAUUUCCGAUUCUGUUGUUACGAGCACUGCCGCCGAUUCCUGGCCCUAGCCGCCACCGCCCCCCCGUCUGGGUCUGGAAGCGCCCCCGAUCUGGAAGUGUAAUUACGGUCAUAAUUCACCGGAGCAAGUGCAACCACAACAGCAACAGGAAAAGCAAAAAACGGAUACAGUAACAACGGAUUCGCAGGAAUCGCCGCGGGGAAACAACAACCACACCCCCCAAGGAAGACCAUUGGAGAGCGGAAAACUAAUAGAGAUUUCUGAAGUACUCGAUCGAAUUGUGAAAAUGUGUUGCAAAUCAAGCGGCAAGUGGAAACCUUGUGGGCCGUCUCCAUCUCCCAAUAGACAGCAGCAGCAGCUGCCACCAGAAUCAGCAUCCAAAUUGAGUCGGCAAACACAUUGGAGAACAUUUCGCGUCCCUAUUCUAGUACUGAUCCUGCUCUCGAUGCUCCUCCAACUGCAGACGGCUGCCGCCGGAGUCGGGGAUAGUCUCCAUGGCGAUCUUCUGUCCUGCUCGGUCGAGGGAGAGGAGGUUCUGACGGGUAUCCAGAAUUCCAAGUGCUUUAAGUGCAUCUGCCAGAAUGGCUUUGUGAAUUGCGCCAAGAGCUGUCCGGCCAUCGACGAUUGCUACUUGCUGGAGUCCAAGCUGGAGUCGAGCGACCCUUGUUGUCGCAAGUGUAAAGGUUGCAUCUUUCGCGGGCUGCCUUAUGAGAGUGGCGCCGAGUGGAGCGACCCGGAGGAUCCCUGUAAAACGUACAAGUGCAUCGCCAGUGUUGUCACCGAGACAAUACAGAAGUGUUAUUCACAGUGCGACGACAACCAGCUACAGGCACCGCGCCCUGGCGAGUGCUGUCCUUCCUGUCAGGGUUGCAAGAUCAACGGACAGACGGUGGCCGAGGGCCAAGAGGUCGUCGCCUCGAUCGACGACCGCUGCUUGGUCUGCCAUUGCGGCGACAACCAGUUGACCUGCGCCAAAAAGACCUGCCCCAUUCUGCAGUGCCCCAAGACGAAACAGAAGCAGCACCCGAACGAGUGCUGCCCACGCUGCACGGAGCAGCGGGUCUUCAUACCAGUGACAGGAAAGUGCAUCUUUAACAACAAACUCCACUAUGACAAAACGCAGUUCAUGCCGGACCGAUGCACCAACUGCACCUGUCUUAACGGCACAUCCAUCUGCCAGCGGGCCACGUGCCCCAUCCUAGAGUGCGCGCCAGAGUUCCAGGAGGACGACGGCUGCUGUCCCCGCUGUGCGGUGGCCGAGGUGCGGAGCGAGUGCAGCCUGGAGGGGAUCAUCUACAAGAACAACGAGACGUGGAACAUGGGCCCCUGCCGGAGCUGUCGCUGCAACGGAGGCACGAUCCGCUGCUCGGAGAUGCGCUGUCCGGAGGUCAAAUGCCGGGCCAACGAGGAGCUAAAGCUGCCGCCGGGCGAGUGCUGCCCCAGGUGCGUGGAGACUGCGGGCACCUGCACAGUGUUCGGGGACCCGCACUUUAAGACCUUCGACGGAAAGUUUUUUAGCUUCCAGGGCAGCUGUAAGUACCAGCUGGCUGCUGACUGCCACGGGCACAGCUUCCACAUCCGGUUGACGAACGACGGGCGUGGCACGAAGCGCUCCAGCUGGGCCAAGACAGUGACUCUCAAGCUGCACAACCUGCGCAUCAAUCUCGGCCAGAAGCUGCGCGUCAAGGUGAACGGGACGCGGGUGAUGCUACCCUACGUGGGCCGAGCCGGCGACCAGAACGUGACCAUCGGUCGGCUGGCCGAGGACGGGGCUGUCCUGCUGCGCUCAGAGAUGGGCCUUGCCAUAGAGUGGGACGGAAGCGGUUUCCUCCAGGUCUCGGUGCCUGCCCACUUUAAGCACCGGAUGUGCGGCCUGUGCGGCAACUUCAAUGGCAGCGGGCGCGACGAUCUCACAGGACGCGACGGGCGCCCGCACGGCGACGACGAGGUCUGGCACUUUGCCAACUCCUGGAAGGUGGGGGGCCCCAAGUCCUGCUCCCGCCAGCGCGAGAACAUCGCCGCCCUGCCCACGUGCAACAAGCGCCGGUCGAGCUUCUACUGCCAGCCGCUGCGCAUCUCGGAAGUAUUCGGACACUGUGAUAGUAGGCUUAAUCCCAUCAACUACAUCGACUCCUGCCGCAUGGACGUCUGCGAGUGCCCGUCGGGCAGCUGCCACUGCGACAGUUUCGCGGCCUACGCUCACGAGUGCCGCCGCCUUGGUGUCCAGCUGCCUGAUUGGCGGAGCUCCACCAACUGUCCCGCCGGCUGGAGACGGAAUGCCACACUCGCGAACUUCCUGGACAACGAGUACUACGGGGAUAGCUUGAGGCGCUUUCCCGGUCCAGGCUCUCUCAAGGGGCGGCGCCGAAAGCAACAGCAGCAGCACCUGCAGCAUCUGCAGCAGAGGAGCAGGCAGAAUCAGAAUCAGCAGAAACAACACCAGCUCCAGAAGCAGAAUCAGAAUCAGCUCCUGGACAAUGAGUUCAUCAAGAAGCAUGUCCCCAGCAGCCUGUUGCAGCAGCGUGCGCCGGAUCGUACGCCGCCGCCACUCCACUGAUUUGUGGAUUGAGAAAGAGAAAACCCCCCCUCUGCCAUAAGUUACUACACGCACACACACACGUACACUCUCUCACACUCGCACGCACAUUCUCUCAAAGCGAGUUCCGCUUUUCUUAGCAUACUUUUGGCGGAAGCCGAAAAGAGUUUAGAGAGAGUGAGAGAGUAGUUUAAUCCGCUCCCAUGACAGACAGACACGACAGACGCGACAGACAGGCAGCAGUAUUACGCUGAAGCAUUACGUACAGUACUUUGGAACAGGCAGAUAGAUGUAAAGAUGUAAUGCACUAUACAUCAAUGAAACUCAUCCUCCAACUGUCGCCAUUUCGCAUAGAUAGACUAAGUUUUAUUUAUUUUAGCUUUAGUAAAGGAAUUUUCUUGAUUAUAUUAAACGGCUCUAUACAAUACCUACUAUAUAUGGAUAUAUCCUGUAUUGGAAGUACUAUUAUGAUGAUGACGAUGAUGAUGAUGUUUGUUGUGUGCGUGUGCCUGAUUUUUUGUAUUUGUAUUCGUGUAUGUGUGGACUACGUUACGCUAAUUAACAAAUUGAACUCUUGCUAGAACUCUUCAAAGGUCCUCUAGUUAGCGUCUAAGGAAACUAAGAGGUAGACCUAAACCUAGCUAAAGUUUGCUUAAAAUUUAAGACCUACGCCUAAGUCCCCCAGACAACAACACCUAGAACAUCUACUACUAACACUACUACAAUGCUACUAUACGUAUGAGAAUGGCACAAACAGUAUUUUUGCUUAGUUGAAACUUUGAACUUGAACGAAGCCUAGAGUCCAGAGAGAUCCGUUCAGACCAGAUCCAUCUCCAGUCUCUUACUCUUACUCUCCUACUCUUCAACUAAAUACUUAACCAUCUCAAAGAAGAACUUUCCAAUUACUAAUUCCGCGUAUAACCUUAUCUUAUAACCUUUUUACCCCCCAAAACUGUGUUAAUAUUUAUAAAUCCCUACCUAAAUAUGAACUUGUCUCUCCAACUACUCGUAUUUAACCGUAAACGUAAACCGUCAGAGUAAUCCGAAAGGAACUCCGUAGGAACACGAAAGGAGACGCUCUUUGCCAUUUUUUCAAUUAUAUGGAUUAAUCAAGUUAAACUUUAAUUAGUAAUUUACUUAACUAUAAAGAUGCAAGAUACUUCUUGAAAUAUACCAUAGUAUGGCUGGAUCUGUAAAUUUUCCAGCAGAAAUAUCCUACAGAGAAGAAAAGAACAAAGGACACCCCAAUGCAACAAUUGCAAAUGGAUAAAUGAAAUUAAAAUAUACGAAAAAAAAAUCUAA